GCUCCCGUGCCAGUCGCGUGGUCUCCGUGCUUCUCCAUAUUGCUGCAGCUGGAGGGGUGCCGCGGGAGGGGGAGCUGGUGCAGGGAGCCCCCCCCCCCACUCGCUCCGGGCUGCGUGCGGCUGAGCAGGGCCCCGCCCAGCGGGGGGGACGCGGCGGCCGGCCGGGGGCGCAGAUGGCGACCCAGGUGGAGGCUCUCCUGCCCAGCAACCCCCUACUGCCGGCCGAGGAGCACGGGCUGCUCAUCAAGAAGCCCCAGGAGGGGGCCCGGGAGAAGGGCGAGCCCCUCAUGCCCCAAGGCGAGAAGGCCACCGCCGAGGAGGGCCGCGGGGGCGCCCCGGACAGCUGCCCCAAGGGGGGCGGCGGCGUGGCGGGGGAGCAGCCCCGGCGGAGCGCGGCGCCCAGGCCCCCCAGCAUCAAGCAGCAGAAGGAGGAGAGCAACAACCAGGAGAAGGAGAACCUGCUGCAGCAGCGCGGAGGGGGCGAGAACCGGCUGCUGGGCGAGGCGGGGGGCAGCAGCGGCGGCGAGGAAGGCGGCGAGCAGGGAGGAGGCGGGCGCAAGGAAUUCAUCGAGGCCCCCCCGCCCAAGGUGAACCCUUGGACUAAAAACGCCUCGGUGGCCGUGGUCACAGUCAACGGCCAGUCCCCCCCAGAACAUACGACUGCAGCCAAAGUGGUGAGGGCUGCAAACCCCAGGCAGCGGAAAGGAAGCAAGGUUGGUGACUUUGGUGAUGCCACAAACUGGCCAACCCCUGGAGAAAUAGCCCACAAGACCAUCCAGCAGCCACCCAAACCCCAGCCCCUCCGGAAGCUGCCCAUCAAGAAAGACAUGAAAGAACAGGAGAAAGGGGAUGGGAGUGAAGGCAAAGAGAACCUGAAAACCAAAUCGGAUGAGUCCGGGGAGGAGAAGAACGGGGACGAUGACAACCAGAAGUUGGCGCAGAAGAAGAAAGGCAACAAGCACAAGUGGGUCCCUCUGCAAAUAGACAUGAAGGCAGAGGCACCUAGGGACAAAACGGCCUCUCGGAACAACCGGCAGAACGAGCAGCACAGGCAUCCCUCCAACAACCGCAGUGAAUUGAAAGGCUGGCACCCGGAUAACAAGCACGAGCGGAACUGGCCUGAUCACGACGAAACCUCAAGCGUCAAGAGCGAGGGAGGAGCAGUGCGAGGAGCCUUCCGGGGCAGGGGCCGGGGCCGAGGCCGGGGCAGGGGCCGAGGAAGAGGAGGCACUCGCUCGCACUUUGACUACCAGUACGGCUACCGGAAAUUCGACAGCUCGGAUAGCUCACGCACCCAGAAGUACGCCAGUAACAUCACCUACUACUUCGAUAAUGUCAGCAGCACAGAGCUGUACAGCGUGGAUCAGGAGCUGCUCAAGGACUACAUCAAGCGGCAGAUAGAGUACUACUUCAGCGUGGACAACCUGGAGCGGGACUUCUUCCUGCGGCGCAAGAUGGACACGGAAGGCUUUCUCCCCAUCACCUUGAUAGCCAGCUUCCACCGAGUGCAGGCCCUGACCACGGACAUCGGCCUCAUUGUCAAGGCUCUGAAGGACAGCAAGGUAGUGGAGAUUGUGGACCAGAAGAUCAGGAGAAAGGAGCAGCCAGAAAAAUGGCCUCUCCCUGGCCCCCCCAUGGCGGACUACACACAGACUGACUUCUCUCAGCUCAUCAACUGUCCCGAGUUUGUCCCCCGGCAGAGCUUCCAAAAGGAAACAGAAUCUGCACCUGGCUCUCCCCGUUCUGCCAGCCCUGUGGCGACUAAGACUGAGGAGAUCAGCAACCUGAAGACGAUGCCGAAAGGCCUGUCUGCCAGCUUACCGGACUUGGAUUCAGAGACGUGGAUUGAAGUGAAGAAGAGGCCUAGGCCUUCCCCAGCCAGACCCAAGAAAGUGGAGGAGUCAAAGGCACCACAGAAACAGAAGGACCAAGACGAACCUGAGGAGCUGGACUUCCUAUUUGAUGAGGAAAUGGAGCAGAUAGACGGCCGUAAGAACACCUUCACCGACUGGUCAGAUGAGGAUUCAGACUACGAGAUUGACGACAGGGACGUGAACAAGAUCCUGAUUGUGACGCAGACGCCCCCUUACCUGCGCCGACACCCCGGGGGGGAUCGCACAGGCAAUCACACAUCCAGGGCAAAAAUGAGCUCUGAGCUAGCCAAGGUUAUCAAUGACGGGCUGUAUUACUACGAGCAGGACCUGUGGACGGAGCAGUUUGAGCCUGAAUACUCGCAGAUCAAGUGCCACGUUCUGGGCAGCCGAUUCCGAGACUUUCUCUUCAACCCAACAAGCAGCACAGCAGUUCAGGGAGCGAAAGCUAGUUGGGCAGUGAAGCAAGAAGUGGAGAACUUCAAGAAGGUGAAUAUGAUCAGCCGGGAGCAGUUCGAUACUCUGACCCCGGAGCCCCCUGUCGAUCCAAACCAGGAAGUCCCCCCUGGACCCCCCAGAUUCCAGCAAGUUCCUACCGACGCUUUGGCCAAUAAGCUAUUCGGAGUCCCCGAGCCUUCAGCCAUUGCCCGAUCUCUGCCAACCACUGUGCCAGAAUCGCCUAACUAUCGCAACGCCAGGACCCCCCGGACCCCUCGCACGCCUCAGCUGAAAGACCCAACGCAGACACCCCGGUUCUACCCAGUGGUGAAAGAGGGCAGGACGAUAGAUGCCAAGACCCCCCGGAAGAGGAAGACGCGGCACAGUUCGAACCCCCCCAUGGAAUGCCACGUGGGCUGGGUGAUGGACUCCCGGGAGCACAGGCCUCGCACUGCCUCCAUCAGCUCCAGCCCCUCGGAAGGAACCCCUGCUGUCGGGAGCUACGGCUGCACCCCUCAGUCGCUGCCCAAGUUUCAGCAUCCUUCCCACGAGCUGCUUAAGGAGAACGGCUUCACGCAACAUGUGUAUCACAAGUACCGUCGGCGCUGCCUUAAUGAGCGGAAACGACUGGGCAUUGGUCAAUCCCAGGAGAUGAACACGCUCUUCCGGUUCUGGUCAUUUUUCCUCCGAGAUCACUUUAACAAGAAAAUGUACGAGGAAUUCAAGCAGCUGGCAUUGGAAGAUGGGAAGGAGGGAUACAGGUACGGCCUGGAGUGCCUUUUCAGAUACUACAGCUACGGACUGGAGAAGAAAUUCCGGCCGGACAUAUUUAAGGAUUUCCAAGAAGAAACCAUCAAGGAUUAUGAAGCUGGGCAGCUCUAUGGGCUGGAAAAGUUUUGGGCCUACUUAAAAUAUUCCAAAGCCAAAAAUCUGGACAUCAAUCGCAAGCUGCAAGAAUACCUCAGCAAGUUCAGGCGCCUCGAGGACUUCCGAGUGGAUCCACCCAUGGGAGAGGAAGGUGGUCACAAGCGAUUCCAGUCAACGUCGGGAGGAGAUGGAAGGAAGCGCUACCCCUCCCAGUCUUCCAGCAAACCGGUCAGCCAGUCCCUAUCCAGCCAAGCCCAUGCCUCGUCCAGCCAGCCUGCGAGACAGGAUGCCAAAAACCUGAGCCACCAUGCCCUUGCCACAGCGGCUGUGGAAUCUCAGACACUGGGGAAGUAGAGAAGCUGGAGCUUCUGCUUCCUACUGGGGAAGGGGUGGGUUGGUGGGGAAUUUGACCGGGGGAGGGGAGAGGUGCGGUGGGGAGGGACAGAAGGGGAGUCGGAACGUGGGUGUCCAAGAAUAGGCUGCUGGGGAAACUUCAACGCACACAACCUCUCUUGUGGCUGGAAAACAAGACGAUCACAAUCCAGAAAGGAUCCUUUGCUUGCUGUCUGUCACUGACUGGAGCCGGACCCCCUCCGCCCCCACUUCCAUGUCUUAGCUUCUUUCUGGGUGGGUUGGGAAGGGGGGAGAUAUUUUUUUUUAUUAUAUAUAUAUCAAGUUUUAAAUUAUUGAUAGAAGUUCGUCUGGAUUUACCAAAAUCACUCUGCGCUAGGCAGCCCCUCCACCCCGUGACACUCACCCCUUCAGAUCAGCUAUGCAGCCUACUCGGAAAGCUACGAGGUUCCGUGUCGAGUCGGCCUGUGGCACUGCCAACGUCCCUGACUCGGCUGACUUCACCCAUUCCGAAUACAAGGAUGCGUUUUAAAAACAAAAACCCAACCGAUACAGAAAGACUUGAUUGUAUUUGCCCCUCCUCCUGCCAGCUCUGUUUCCCUCCACCCAACUAGCCCUUCCAUCAUGGACAAUUGGAAGUCAACCAAAGGACCUUGACUAAGCGUUGCGAUGGGCUCAUUCAACCUUUCUGUGCGAGGACAGCGAGGAUGGGAGCUGCAGGCUCGUGCAGGAACGCUGGCCGCACUAGAAGGAACUUUCUCUUCCUCUCCCUCUCCCUUUAAAACCACAAACAUACACACA